AUGAUAUUUCCAACUGAGCCUUAUAUUAAGAAGAAGUUCUUUUAUAAAAAUAUGUUGGCAGAUAACUCAAAGAUAGACUUUCUUAAUUAAUAUAAGGUUUUGUAAUAGAUGAAAGAUAAUCACUCUAAUAAUAACAGAAAUCACAUUCAUACAUAAGUUACAUAGGUAAGUCUCUAUAAAUAGAUGUUCAGUAUUCAUUCUCCUCAGUCAUCACAAAUAAUAAAUAAAUCAUAAAGGCCAGGAUUCAGUUCAGUAAAGCGUUUUCAUACUCAUAAUUCUUAAUAAACUAUUCCGAGUAGACCUCCUAUUAAAACUUCUAAAUAAGAGAGCAGAAAGGAACGUAGAGCUCCUUUGCAUAAAAGAAAAUUAAUUUUGAAAUAAUCAUCUUUAGAAAUCACAGAUUAUUUAUAAUAUCUGAAAAGCUAAAAGAAAUCUAAUACUUCUAUUAAAUAUUCAGAUCUUUUAAAAGAAGAAAUACCUAUUAUAACAAUGAAUUAAUAGAAAUAACAAAAUUAUAGAAAAUAAAAAGAAGAAUAAAGAAAUUAUUUGCAAUUAUUAUUUUAAUGGUAAUUCACAUCCAUAAUCCACUAGUACGAAUAUAGUGUCUCGUAUUUAGAAUGGAAGUAACUUUUAGGAUAUUAUUAAUACAUGUACUCAUCAAUAUCCUAAUCUAAAACACACAAUAGAUUAGUUUAUGCAAGAUAUUGAAGUUGCUUCAACUAUAUAUACAAGUCAAUCUUAAUUAGGAGCCACUCUUGGUAGAAUCACUGGAGUUGAUCAUAAAAUUUUUUAUUUGUUUUUCAGACCUUAAAAUGAAUACCCAGAAUCUAAUUUAUUAUAUACUAUUGAUGAGGAUCUCUGUAAAAAUUAUAAAUUUAUAAAACCAACCAAAUAUGAUAUUUAUUACAGAAUCUUUGGAGCAGGUGAUUUACCAUUAGAAUUUUAAGAUUAAUUAGGAUAAUCCGAGCCUUAAAUUAAAAGACAUAAAAUUAGACAUUAAUAAAAUUAAUUUGCUUAAUAAAAUAAAGAUGCAAACCCUACUAUUGAUUAUGAUUUUGUUAAGAAGAUAUCUUACUACUAAAAAAAUUUAUAAUUAUUCUUAAAGUAGAAAUCAGGCGAUAUAUUAUCCAAUCUCAGAUAAUAAAUGAUAGACGAAAAGUAACAAAAUGGUAAUCUCAUUAGACAUACUAUACUUUCAAAAUUAAUAGAUUCAGAAAAUUAAUUUGGCCAUUUCCCAUUAGUAACUCGAUAAAAUAGAUAUUUAUUCGAAAAGGUUGAAUACGAUCAAAGUAUACUUAAUAAACAAAAAAACUGA